GAUGGGUAUCUAUUACGCCACUCCAGCCCUGAUCGUGCAUUUGGCAUCACGCUGCUGUAAAACUCUCGGCGCAGCUGGUCCGUCCCCCAGUAUUGAAAUCAUCACCGACGUCUGCGAGCCUUCAAAAUGUCGACCUACAAACUCAUAUAUUUCGAUCUUCGCGGUAAGGGUGAACUUGCCCGUCUGAUACUUACAUACCAGGGCCAGGAAUAUGAAGACUCGAGAUUCUCUAUGGACCAGUGGCCGGAAAUAAAACCCAAAAUGCCCUUCGGACAAGUUCCAGUCUUGGAAGUUGACGGGAAAAUGUUUUCUGAGAGUGUGGCUAUAAAUAACUUUCUAGCCCGGAAGUUCGGGCUAUACGGAAGUACUGACUUCGAGAUGGUUGAGGUGGACCAAGUUGUGGGCAUCACCCAGGACAUGUGGAAGGUCAUCGUGGACUGGGUUCACGAAAAUGAUGAAACAAAAAAGGCUGCCUUGCAGAAGGAAAAUGAGGAGAAGAAUUUCCCCAAAUAUCUGGAUUUCUUCGAAAAGAUUCUGAAAACUAAUGACACUGGCUUCUAUGUUGGUAAUCAGCUGUCAUAUGCUGACCUGGCGGUGUUCGAUGCCCUGGACAUAGAAGUACCCGACUCUGUUGUGGAUCGGUUUCCCCUGGUUAAAGCCAACAGGGAGAGAGUGAGGACAAACGACAAACUCAAAGAUUACAUCGCGUCGCGCAAGGAGGCUACUGUCUGAGUCAGACAGAUAUCUUUGUCUGAUAUUUGACUCUCAAAUUGAAAUCCGCAUAACUUGAAAUCCCUUGAUCUGUUUAAAUACGCAAUGUCUAUUUUGAUUAAAUUGCUGUUAUGGUUUUA